CCCACUUUAUUGAAUUUUUACAAAAGCCAUGUAGAUAUAUGGCCACAAAAACACUUCCAGACCAACCAACCAUUACAGUUUGAAUUUUGAGUUUUGAUUUUUAAUUCAGAUCUGAUCAGUUGAAAGUAAAAGAAGAAGAUCAAGAAAUGGGGAGGAUGGAUUAUUUGGCCAUGAAACCUGAUCAAGAAUUGCUGAAUGAAGAUUUCAACGAACUGAAAAUGGCUACCAAGAAACUCAUCAAUCACGCUGCAAAAUUGGGUGGGCUAGGCUUUGGGACUUCUUUUCUCAAAUGGGUUUCCUCUUUUGCUGCCAUUUAUUUAUUGGUCUUGGACCGGACAAACUGGAAAACAAAGAUGCUGACUGCACUCCUAAUUCCAUAUAUUUUCUUUAGUUUUCCUUCCAUAUUGUUCAACUUUUUAAGGGGAGAGGUUGGAAGAUGGAUUGCAAUCAUUGCAGUUGUAUUAAGGCUUUUCUUUCCCCGACAUUUCCCAGAUUGGCUAGAGAUGCCUGGUUCAUUGAUUCUUCUUCUGGUGGUUGCUCCAAAUUUCUUUGCUCAUACUCUUAGGCACAGUUUGGUUGGCGUUGCUAUAUGUCUUGCCAUCGGUUGUUAUCUUCUGCAAGAACACAUUCGAUCAUCUGGUGGAUUCCGUAACUCCUUCACACAAAGCCAUGGCAUUUCAAACACAGUAGGGAUUAUUCUCUUGUUGGUCUAUCCCAUAUGGGCUCUGGUAGUCCAUUUUGUCUGAUGCAUCCUGGAAUCGACGUCAACCAUGCUUCAACCUCCUAUCAUCAGUGAGGAACAUUUGUCCACAUUGAAAAAUGUUUCAUUUCAAAUGUUCAAGGAUUUCUUUUUACUUUCAUCAUCAUCAUCAUCAUCAUCAUCAUGAUUUGUCUGGGAAGUAAAACCUAGUAUCCCAAAAUAUAAUUUUUCUUGCAAUGUGACUUUGCUGUGAUGUUUGUAGACUAUUAUGGCUGCUUCGGUACUGACGUUGUGUAUAUAUUGGAGUAGAUGCAUUUCUAAAUUAAGCAGUUACAUGUACGAGAAAAAAUUAUUCUUCAAAGCUUGAGACUUGGCCAAGCAAUAGAAUAUAACUAAAGCCCCGUUUGAUUCC